GUGCUGCUGCAGAUGAAGAUGAACACCUGAAGUUCAGCAGGAAAGAAAAUUAAAUACAAAGAGCAGCCGUCAGAACAAAUGGAGAGGACAUGAGACUUAAAUAGAGGAAAAUUCGACUUCUGAACAGGAACUCUUAUUGUUACUGGAUGUCUCCUCUCUUCAUCUUCCUCAUCAUGCCGACCGUCCAUGCAUCAUCAAACUCAUCUUACCAUAUGUCACCAAAUUCAUCACAUCAUCUGUCACCAAAUUCAUCCCAUCAUGUGUCACCAAAUUCAUCACAUCAUCUGUCACCGAAUUCAUCCCAUCAUGUGUCACCAAGCUCAUCUCACCCACCAACGCACCCAACAACCAUCCACCCCUUCACUAACCUUACCACCACCUUCCACCCCUAUACUAACACCACAGUUAAUCCAAUUGUUUCUGCUAUUACUGGCUUCUUCAACAACCUCCUGGACCACAUCCCCUUGCCUCGAUGGGCAAUCUAUACCAUCUUUGCAUGUGGUGGGCUGCUCAUUCUGCUGAUCCUUCUUUGUAUCUGCAUCAAAUGCUGCUGCAGAGGCAAGAAGAAGAAACAGAAGAAAGAUGAGCAAAUAGGUCUGAAGGGAGUGAAUGGAAAUACCACUACAGCUCUGAUUCAGCCAGAUGCAGCAGAUAUGAAUUAUGGAUCAGCCAAAAAGCAAAGAGGGAAGUUGCUUUACUCUCUGGAGUACAAUGCCGCCCAGACUGAGCUCACAGUGGGAAUCAAACAGGCAGACAACCUGAAGGCCAUGGACCUGGGAGGGAGCUCCGACCCGUAUGUCAAAAUCUACAUCUGUCCGGACAAAACAAAAACCUGUGAGACCAAAGUGUUCAGAAACACACUGAAACCGGUCUUCAAUGAGCAGUUCACAUUCCAGAUAACCAAGUCGUCUCUCCUGAAGUCGACUGUGGUGAUGCAGGUAUUCGACUUCAACAGAUUCUCCAAACAUGAAAUCAUCGGUGAGAUCAGGCUGCAGCUCGGCAGCAUAGACUGGAACCACGUCAUUGAAGAGUGGCAGGACCUCGCAGAGCCUGCGAAAUUUGAGGAAGAAAAUCUGGGGGAGAUCUGCUUCUCUCUGCGUUAUGUUCCCACUGCUAAUAAACUGACUGUGGUGAUCCUGGAGGCCAAAAACCUGAAGAGCAUGGACAUCGGAGGAACCUCGGAUCCUUACGUGAAAGUGCAGUUAGCGCUUGACAAGAGGAAAUGGAAAAAACGGAAGACGUCCAUUAAGAAGAAGACACUGAAUCCAUAUUAUAAUGAGUCCUUCACUUUCACUGUGACGUUUGAACAAAUCCAGAAAGUGAAUCUGGUGAUCUCUGUGUGGGACCAUGAUUCCAUGUCCCGGAACGACACCAUGGGAAAGAUCUUCCUGGGCUGUGACGCCACUGGGAACCAGCUGAGGCACUGGGCCGACAUGUUGUCCAACCCGCGGCGUCCGGUCGCUCAGUGGCACAGCCUGAUUUCAGCCGAGCAGGUCAAUUCCACCCUGGCUCUGAAAAAGAAGAUUCCCAUCCCCAACAAAAUGCCUUUCUGAUGGAAAAUGUACUGUCAAGACAUUUCAAAUGCAUCAGCAUGUGGUGAUUUAAAGGAAAAUCAUUUCUAAGAUUUAUUUGCAUCUGAUUUUAUAUCACCUCUAAAUGAUAAAUGAUAUUGUACUUUCUCACCUGAACACUUAAUUUUUCUUGUAUGGACUGUGUAAGAAGUAUCUUGUACUUUGAACAAAUUUCAUCUUUAAGACCUUUGAUAUUAACCCAUAAAGACACAGUCAUACUUUUGUGGCAGUUCCUCAAUGACUAUUUCUCUGUAUCUAUCCUUUCUUCAAAUCUAUAUCACUAUUUAUUAUAGCAUUAUCCUCUGUAUUUUGUGUUUUUUCAGUGAAAAUCAGGUAUUUUCCAAAUAAAAUGUAGUGAUCAUGUA